AUGGCGUCUUCCAAGACCUUCAUGAGAAAGCUGCCGGUUGCACCAGGCUAUGGUGGCUUCGUGCCCUACCUCAGCUGCCAGGGAGGCCCCAGCGAGGACAACAUGAACCUCUGUCUGAAAACCUUCCAGGAGAACACGCAGCACUACAAAGACCAACUGGAGGAAUUUCGUUGUGCAGUGGCCACUGCCCCAAAACUGAAGCCCAUCUGCUCCGAGGAGACUGUCCUGCGGGCGCUGCAUGAGUACGCCCGGCUCUAUCACCCUAUGACUCUGGAAUGCAAGUAUGUGAAGAAACCUCUGCAGGAGCCCCCGAUCCCUGGCUGGGCGGGCUACCUGCCCAGAGCCAGGGUCACUGAAUUGGGCUGUGCCACAAGGUAUAGUGUCAUGGCCAAAAACUGCUACAAGGAUUUCCUGAACAUCGUGGAGCAGGCCAAGAGGGCACAUCUGAAGCCAUAUGAGGAGUAA